CUCGCAGUCCGCGUGUAGCGCUUCACCAUAUUGUCCAAUCCUGGUCUCGUAUCUGUCCGCACCCACCUUUCCUUUGCCGUUCCAUGGCUAGCCAGAAGAGGAUGCAUGCUGCGAACACGUGAGCCUGAGACAUGAGGCCUUUACUCAGUACAGUACACCCGUCCACGCCGUCCACCGCCAGUCCAGGAUGCCAGGAACGGGCCUCGGGUGCCCAGGCCUUGCCCGCUACUAGCAUCUACCACCGCGUCCGGGAAGGGUGACGGAGACGGAAAUUCUGCCUUCUUCACCAUCACUUCUAGGAACCACAUGGGUCCCGAAAUGCAUCCGUGAUGACUUUGGCCUUUAUACCCUUUUUCCAAAGUUUAUAGUGUGUUUGAUUUAUCAUCGUGUGACCUAUUGCCUCUUGCCAACUGUCAGGAAGGCUUGCGUUGUCGAGCAUGGUGGGCGUCCCAAAAAGUACUGGAUGCGGCAUUUGUCGAAAGAGAAAGAUCAAAUGCGACGAAAACUGGCCGCAUUGUUUGAACUGCCAGAAAAAUGGGAAAUGCUGUCCAGGCCCUCCUGCGCGCCAUACAUUCAAAGAUCUCGGACCCAGACUAAAUCUUGGCGCCACUGUGGUCCGAGAAGACAACAGUCCUGCGGCACUAGACCAGCGCUAUAGAAGUCUGACACAGCUGAACGAGAAAUUUGCGGAAAAUGGAUCGGUCCUUCAUAAAUUCAGGAUUUCGCACAAAGGCUGUAGGCCUCAGACAAAAACGUCACGGCGGUCAAGUUCAACCAGCCUAAGCCCUCCAAAAUCUCCCCUCCUUAGACAGCCCUCGCCGUCUCAGCAUCAUGAACUUGCUCGAGCCCUGAUCGUAGCGAUUACUACAGGUGGUGCUGGACACCGCAUGUCUGUGUUUGGACGGUUUAUCCGAGAGGUCCCUGCGAGGAUCGGACACAAUGCAGCACUCGACGCAGCGGUAGCUGUCCUGGCCAACGCACACACUUCGCUCAUCCACAAGAAGAUGUCAAAUGAGAUUGUGUCUCCGGAGCUGUAUAUUCGAGCGAUCAAGACGUUGCAGUCAAGCCUGGAAGACCCCCAGCAGGGCCUGUCUACCAACACCCUCUGCGCGUCGGUACUCCUUGGCUUAGUAGAGGCACUGGCGGGACCAAGAGUAGGGAACCGCUACUUGGCUCACGUAGGCGGCGCAGGUCGAUUGAUGGAGCUGCAAGGCCCUGAAAAGUACCGAGAUCCGUUUGCAAAGGAAAUACUACGUUUCAACCGAGGCGGCAUAAUCGUCACCUCUAUAUACGAGCGAGAGGAAUGUUUUCUCAUCUCACCUGAAUGGCGGAACAUAGCGUUCGACAAAAGCGGACUUGGAUUCGACGACUGCCUACACACGGAUCUGAUGCAAUACAUGGCGGAACUUCCGGGCAUCUUUCACGAUCUGAAGCAGUUGAGGAGCCAGGCUACCUUCCCAUCCAUGGACACCAUGGAGCAUCAUCUUAGGAGUAAUCGCCGUGAGCCGCUUGGUGGCCAACUCUCUGACACUUUCCCAUCGCUGGAUUUCUCACCCGAUAGCUUUGAUAGUUUUGAUCUCCUUAGCAAGUUACAGCCUGUAGACACACCGUGCUCGGUCAACGCAGAUAUAUGUUUGUACCUACCCGCUCGGAUAGCCUUGUUACACAAAGUACAGGACCUCAAAGACGCGCUCUGUAAUUUAGGGACCCAUAUGGAUGCUAAGCUUGCCAAUGGCACCACUAUGUGCGAAUUCGCCACGAUGGAGGAGCAAAGUCCGAUUCACACAAGCUAUCAUUUCAACAACUGGAGCGAUAUGACCGCGUACAACUGCUUCUGGUCUGUCCUGAUCUUGACCAACAAGAUCAUGAUGCGACUGCUACCACCCUUUGAUCCGGCCAUCUAUGACCUUGAAUCCGAGUGCCGGUCGGUCGCUCUUCAGAUCUGUAAGACUUGGGAGGAUGCUUGGGCCACUAAACCGAUAGGCGCGUUCCAUACGGGUUUGAGCUUCGUCUUGGCCUUUGAGUAUUGCACCCCUGAUGUGCAAGAGUGGAUCGUUAGAGGCUUAAAUUCGCUCUUGGACUAUCAAAUGGUAGAUGCAUUUCGAUGGUCUGAAGAUGUUAUAACAAUGAUGUCGUCAAAGCUCGCUGGAGAAGGGCCUGAUUUGGUCUUUUCGAACGUGAACCUUUCGAACGAGACACAAUAGUAGCACUAUCGCUAGAUCUAAGGUCAUAGGAUAAUUGAUUUCUAUACAUCAGUACGAUGGCAGGGCGGGGGCGAUGAGGCCUUGUCACUUUAUAUGAAUCUACCACAUUUCCAGUAUGCAACCUCCCUUGGGAGGGUGAGACAUCUAUUCUGGGC